UUUCUAUUAACAUUAAUUACAAGUCCUGGUCCUCACGCGAGUUUAUUUGGUAAACACAAUUAUUACAGUUUUGUUAAGUCUUGAUACCCGACAAAAUUUUUCUAACACUAAUCAGAAGAAUGAAGCUUAUCACACACAAUAUGUUGACCAGUAAAGGCAUCAAGAAUGUUAAAGAAGGAUUUCCCUUAAAAAUACAGGCAGAUGAAGUAAAAAAUGUGGACAUUGAUUUUGACCGGGAAUUCAUCUCCAGAAUGAUACCUAAGCUAGACUGGAAUGCCCUUACAUUUGCUGCACAGUGUGUAGGCCACCAGGAAGACUUACCUGAUACAUUACCGGAGGGAUAUGAAAAUGAUGACGACUUACUGAAGAAACUACAUCACAUUCUUUUAGAGGUGGAAGUCAUCAAUGGAUGUCUUGAAUGUCCAGAAACCCAGAGAAAGUUUCCAAUUAGUAAUGGAAUACCAAAUAUGCUAUUGAAUGAAGAUGAAGUAUAAUGCAUGUUAAGAUAAAUGUUACUUGAAGCGUUAAAGCAGAAAAUGGCAUUAGAUUAGGUUAGUUUUAAAAUUGCAUGCAUCUCCUUUGUCAAUUGAUACCAUGUAAAGAUACUGUAUAACAUAAGUAAGCUUAUUUGAGAGAUAUGGUCAGUGUUGAGGUGCAGCUAACUCACACUAGGGUGGAAAAUGGCUGUAAAAUGAUGAUUAUGAUGUCUGAAUAUUUUUCUAAGUACUGUAGAUAUCUUUGAGCAUAGGAUGGGUCAUUGAGACAAUUGUGGAUUUUUUUUUUAUGCUACUGCACUACUAAAUGAUUAGUUUAUCAUAUUUGGCAUUUAUCUUUACCUGAUAUUUGUAACAAUUUUGUAAGACCAUGAACAUUCUGGACAUCUUCAAAAUGCUGUACAAAUAUCCCAUCAUAAGCUUCAAUUCCCGCCAGAAGCUAAUGAAAACCAUUACAUCAUUAGGCUUAUACUGUAUACAUUAAUCCAUAUUCACUGUACUGUACUUAAAGACAUUCUCCUGUAAACCAUUUAAUGAUAAAUUUACAUCCAUAAAGUUAGACAAUAGGUGUUUAAGAAUAUGAAUACUGUAUAGGAUUUUUCAUUAUUUAAGUUACAGAAAUAAAAAGAUUGCAUAUAAUUGAAAAAAUAUAUUUAAGACUUGCAAAAAAGUUUAUUUUUUUAGUUAUUUUAGUCUCAAGCUUAAUGAGGUGUUCAUCAAUGACUGUGGUAUUUCAUAUGUCUUACCCAUUCAUAUUAUACAGUACGGUACUGUAUAAUGAAAUUUAGUAUGUUUUGCAAGUAGAGGUACAGUACAGUAUUUUAUUUUUAUUUUUUAAUGAAUUGUCGAUAGAUUUUGAAUUAGUUUAUAAAUUAUCACUGUCUUUGUUAUGUUUUCUAAACGUUUUUAUAACAGAAAUUAAUAAAUUUUAUCGAGGCUAAUUGA